GUGGGUGUAAAAUUUCUUUGAAUCUGUUUCUGUUUAGUUUUGUUUGUUUGUUUGUUUUUUACAAGACAGAAUUUUUGUUUUCUUCUUCUUCUUCUUUCAUUGUUUUUGAAUACAUUGAAUGGAUUCUACCAAUCGUCAUCAUCAAAUCAUUUUGGAAAGUGAUUCAUCAACAACAUCAACAUCAAUUGUAUCAACAUCAAAACCAAUAAGCGGUAAAGAUAUAAUCAAUAUACGUAUGAUUAGUGGACGAACAAUUGAUUCAACAACAAUACCAACAACAACGGCUUCUCAUCAUCAUCAUCAUCAUCAUCAUCAUCAACAGGCAAUAUCAUCAACAGCAGCAUCAUCGGCUGCUACUGAUGCAACAGCAAUUGUACCGGCCAUAAUGAAUACAACAACAGUAGAUACUAUUAUCGAUGAUAUUCGUAUAGAUAUAUCAACACAACAACAACAACAAUCAACAAGUCAACAACAACAACAACAACAAUCAUCAUUAUUGCUUACAACAUCCAAUACACGUAUAGCAAAAACAUCGAAAACAAAAUUUUUAAUAUUAGGUGCAGCAAAAGUUGGUAAAACAUUAUUAUUACGUCGUAUGCAAAAUAUUAAUUGGCCAUUUAUUAAUGAUACAUCGCUGUAUAAUGCAACAAUUGGUCCGGAUUUACAUCGAUUAAAAUGCGGUAAUAUUGAAGCAAUCGAUAUUGGUGGUCAACAACGUUAUAUGCCAAUAGCAAAAAAAUAUUGUGAAUUAUUUCAAACGUUUGUCAUUGUUUUCGAUUUGACCGAUAUGAAUACAUUUUUAGCUGCAAAAGAUUGGUUAGAAUUUAUACAUACACAUCAUCUUAUCAAACCAAAACGUAUAAUUUUAAUUGGUAAUAAAAUUGAUCUUGAAAAUGAAAGAAAAAUUUCAAAAAAUCUUGGCAAAAAUUUAGCCAUGACAUAUGAUGGUGAUUAUCAUGAAAUUUCAGCUAAAAUGGAUCUUACUAUGGAUAAAAUCAUCGAUGCACUCGAAAAUAAUAAUGGUAAUAAUAUUGUUGGUGAUAACAACAACAGCAGCCAAAAUAACGAUAAAAACAAUUCCAAAUGAUAACACACAUAUAUAACAUCUUUUUUAUACAUCGAAUGUAAUCAAACAAACAAACAAACAAACAUACACCUACAUUAAAAAUUUCAAAUUCAUUUUUUUUUCACUUAGCUCAGCUUUAAUCGAUUUUUUUGUAAAUAAACUUUUUUCUUUCUUUCCCUUUUCCCCAUGCUAUUACUCAUUUGAAUUGCCAUCUUGAGAAAACAACAACAACAACAACAACAAAAGGACCAAAUCUUUUUUUUGGAUAUUUUGGAUUGUUUAGUGUGGUCCAAUCAAUCAACAAUCCAUGGUCAUUAUUUUAUUUUCAUUACUUUACCAAAUAAUAAUAAUAAAACCAAAAAAUUCAACAUUCAAAA